AAAACUUUGGGUUUCUCAAAAAGAAGGGUUUAGGGCUAGUUUAUAAAAUGGAUUCUCUAGUGGACUUCGAUUGGAAGCUCAAGUGGAUGGUGAGCAGCAGCGCCUUGGGCAGCAUCAAACAGGGCAUCUUGCGCCUCGAGAUGGCCUUGGCAGACAAAUCCCCGCUUGUGGCAGAGCUGGACAAGCAAGAACUGGAGUCACUGAUCGAGAGCAUGGAAGCCAUUUGUGCUAGCGUCGCUAGAAAAGAAGAAGAAGAAGAAGAAGAAAAAGGAGGAGGAGAUUCACCCGAUUCACCCGAUUCACCCAAUUCACCCAAGAUCCAAGGGAAAUGAUCAAAACACAAGUUUAUUACCCCUGGAAAUUCUUCCUCGUCACUGGGAGAUUCCAACCACGACCAGACAGACGUUGAAGGCAAGGCAGGCCCCCUUUACCCGGUGACGUGGCGCGCACGUGGCAGUCCCGGGUUGGAUGAGCGUUGGGGACAGUAGUGGACUGGUGCUAUAGGUACUCUCUACCAUCACACUUUGGUUUUUUAGAAGAGUGCGCUGGAGAGAGAGAGAGAGAGAGAAGCGAGGGAGAGAGAGAGAGUGACAGGGCACAACGAGGAGGGAGUUUAUUUGUUUUUGGGCGGCCAAAAUUCGAACUCGCAGGGGCCGCAUUCCCAUGAGCGAGAGAGAAAGAGAGAGUUUUGGCUCCUCUUUUUCCUCUCGAGUCUCGAGAGGGUUUCUUCCAUCCGGCCAAAGAGGUGAGAACUCCUUGAGAACUUGGGUAGAACCAGCUUGGAGGCUGUGAGCUAGAUGAGCUAGAUGAGCGAGAUGGAGCUUGGAGCGGAGGAAUUCGCGCUGGACUAGGCCAAAUUCCACGACCCACAAGAUGUUCUACUCCCAGUUCAUCCUAGCCAAGAAGGGACCGCUGGGUACCAUAUGGAUUGCUGCUCAUCUGGAGCGGAAGCUCCGGAAGAACCAAGUUACCGAGACCAACAUCGGUGUGUCUGUGGAUUCCAUUCUUUGUCCCGAGGUUCCAAUCGCGCUGCGCUUGUCCGGGCACCUGCUGCUGGGUGUUGUGAGAAUCUACUCGCGCAAGGUCAACUACUUGUUCCACGACUGUAGCGAGGCUUUGGUGAAGAUCAAGCAGGCCUUUCACUCUGGAGCUGUUGAUCUUCCACCCGAGGCGGCCACUGCUCCUUUCCAUUCCAUCACGCUGCCGGAAACUUUCGAUCUCGACGAUUUGGAGCUCCUCCCGGAUCGAGAAGCGUUAUUCCUUGCAAAUAGUUCCAUCGAUCACCAUGUUACAUCGCGUGAGCAGAUUACUUUGCAAGACACCAUCGAGGACACUACGUAUCUUAGCUCGCAAUUUGGACUCGAUGAAAGAUUUACAGAUGGGGAUGCUCCUCGUUUGGAUUUUGGCGAGGAUGUUUUCACCGUUAAAGAAAAAGAUCAGGAGAAAGGCGUGAGCGUCGAAGAAGACCCCGUCUCGGUGGAACCGAUGGAUGAAGAUGACAAAGCCGAAGAGAACAUCGAGACCGCCAACGAGGUCCCUGAGCUCCCAAACGAUGAUGCCAUGGACCUGGAUGAUCAGCUCAAGCCCUCGGUGGACGCAAACACUUUCGAUAUCAACGUAGUGCCCGUCGAAGAGGUACCACCGCCGCCACCAUUAGCAGCAGAAACGAAUGAGUUUGCAGCUACCACUGAAAGCGAAGUUACAACAAAAGCUGAUGGUGGCGACGAAGAGAUUGUCCCCGAGCUGGUGGCUAGUGAUUCGCUGGUUGAAACUACAGAAACUCCGGCGGACGCUCGUGAGAAUGAAGACGCUGCUCCUGCGGCUACUGCUGCUGCUGCUGCUGAAGAAGUAAAAGAAGGAGAAGAAGAAGUUUCACCGUCUUCGCUUGAGAAGAAGAACGAAGGAAUCGUCCUGCAAGAGAACGAGCAAGAGGAGAGUCGCGGUGACAAAGAUAUUACUCAAGAGCAAGACGCAGACAAAGAACAAGACAAAGAAGAGACUUUGGAAACUGAGAAGGCUGUGGACGAGGACAACGCGCAGGGCCGAGAGAUUGCCGUGGAGAAGCAGCUUGAGGAUGUGCCUGAUAUUGAGAAAGUCCGAUCGGCUCCCGAAGUUCCGUUGCUGGAGCCAAAUGUUUUGGAACUUCCAGAGCCGGAUUCUACUCCAGCAGCACCAGCACAGAAGAAAGAGGACGUGAUUGAUGAUCCUGUUCCUCUCGUCGAAGAUACUCUCAAACUUCAGGAAGUCGAAGAAACCCCGAGGCUUUCUCCUCCAUCAAUGACGAGAAUGCCGGAGUUUCCUUCUCACGGGGAUGAUGAUUUACUGGCGUCGAUUCUAGGUAGAAGAACACCUUCUCUAGUGGUGGCACCGACACCACCUGCGAAGCGCCACAAGCCCGGUCCAAAGCCCGGCUCGAGAAAGAGAAAAGUUCACUUCGACGAAUCCAUGGUUUUGGAUGGCGAUCACAUGCGACAGCAGCUUGCGGACACGAGCAGCAUUCGCCGGGUUCGAAAAAGAGCUCCUUGCACCGAUUAUGAAGUCUGGGGAUCGGAGAAAGAUGGACUAGGCCAGCAAAUGUUCGACGAACCUCUCAUUCCAGGAUCUUGCGAUAUCAUUCGCGAGGUUUAUCGUUCUGUGUACAGUGCCGGUGAUGCAAGACACAGUGUGGAGUCCGACACCACCGAAGUGUCCGCCAGGCAUGACAAGUAUCAGCUGGAGGAAGAGGAAAGUCGCGAACCGAUCACUCUCGAGGAGGAGCCACUCGAGGACGAUCUAUUCUAUGACCUGGAAGCUAGCUAUCGCUUUGAAGAAGGUCUAGAGCAACCCGACCCUUUUCCUCGGACCGAAACAGUUGCCAGUGCAGAGAAAGCCGACGAGACGACGAUCAAAGAGAACUUGGACUCGGAAAGGCGGGACGCUUGUGACAAAGAGGAGGCCCAGCCAUCUGAUAAGCCUGAUGUUGUUCUUCCCGAGGAGCGGCCGUGUCCUGCUCUCGCCGACGAACACACUCUGGAAACUCCCGCUGGAGCUGAUGUUCCAGAGCAAAGUGAGGGAGUUGUGGUGCCUGCAGUCGUCAACGAUGCCAAGGAUUUGAACGCGCUUGGUGAUAGAAACGAGCUCGUAAAUGGUGAUGAGAAGCCGGAGGAGGCGGAUCAAACACCAAAACUUGCUGAGGCUCGUGAGUCCGAAGCAACCGAAGAAGAAAAGGAAGAAGCUGGGCUUGACGCUGUCAACCUCGAGGAUGGACAAGAAAUUCAAGCUGAUGAAUCCGUGGGUGACAAAGCUGGCUCAGAACCAAAGCAAAUGGAAGACGAGGAGGCUCCGAAUGACAACAAAAUGGAGGAAGAAAUGGUUGUAGCGGACAACACCACCCCAACACAAAGAACUGAUGCCAUCGAUAGUGAUCAACAAGUAGCUGCCAAUAACACUGUAGAGGAUCUGGACUUUCUCGUAGACUCCAAGGACGAAGACGCUGCUGCUGGCGACGAUGCUGACAAUUACGAUCCGGAUUAUCUGCAAGAUCAAGCUCAAGAUAACAGUGGAUGGUCCGUGAGAACAAGGGCUGUUUGCCAGUAUUUGCGAGUCACUUUUGAAACCAUGGAGAGUGCCAGGAAAGAAAGGCACGUAGUGGCUCCAAAGCUCGGCUUGGAAAGACUUCUCCAAGGAAAAACCAGGCGAGAAUCCGCUCGCAUGUUCUUUGAGAGCCUGGUGCUCAAGACUAAAGAUUACAUUAACGUGGAACAAAUGGCUCCCUUUGACAACAUUUACAUCUCGGCUCGUCCAAAGCUCAUGAAAGCCGAGAUGUGAUGUGAAGUGGAGAUAUAUUUACUUGACUAGGUACUUACUCUUUCAUCUUUUUUAUUUAUAUUUUUUUGGUUGUAUCAUACUGCAAUGCUGCUUGUGCCGAUUAUUUUUUCUUUC